GUUUGGUCACACUAUUGGCCGGAGCUGGGAAUAAAGGGAAAAAUAAAAACUAACUCGAACAAAGCAGCAACAAUUUGCCAUUGAAGUGGACUCGGCAGAUCGGAAAAUAGCAGCACGGCCUUACGUUCGAUUGCAUUCAAUAUGUUUGCCCGCAAAAUGUUGACAUACUGGACAUUGCUAAUGUUAAGUGGUGCAGUGCUCUCUCAAAAAUUCAUUAGUUUGCCGGGUGACAAUUUCAAGAAUCUUGAUGUGACUUCGGACCAACCAAACCCUAUAACUAGCAGCACAUCUACAUCAACUACAUCAACUACAACAACUACAAGGAAACCAAUCACAUCCAGCUCUACUUCGACGACAUCAACCACAACUUCCACGGAGCCACCAAAGACAACUACUACACCAGCACCAGUGUCAACCACAACCCCUGCUCCACAGCCAUAUCCGCAGCCUUCCGUCGGAACUUGGAAUGCCUCUUGUAUUAUGCUUCAAAUGGCAGCACAACUAAACUUCACCUAUGAGACUAAAGAUGGGAACUUCACCCAUGGUCUUUACAAUAUCCCUAGCAACGCCUCGGUUGAAGAUGUGGAGUGUGUAAGCCAGACCAUCCAGGAUAUUCAUCUGAUUUGGGGACCCGAUACUUCGAAGCAGUCAUUGCUGAUGUAUUUCAACAAAAAGAACGACAGCACUGUGCUCUCCUCCGUUCAAAUCCAUUUGACCGUACUGACUGAGGAAUUCCCGAACGCCAAGGAAAACCAAACGAUUCAACUCAUCCAUAGGAGCGAUGGAGAUUUUAAGACACCCGAAAAGAUGUCUUACCAUUGUACCCGAGUUCAAAAAAUGAAUCUUUCCGAGACCCUUGAUGCUCAGCAGUUAAUUGGCUGGAUCAGCGUCAGUCACGUCCAAGUGGAGGCCUUCCGGACGGCAAACGCCACCGGGUUCUCAGCUGUACACGAUUGCGACAGCUCCGAGACUUCAGACGUAGUGCCCAUUGCCGUUGGAAUUGCCCUAGCCGCACUUAUUCUUGUCGUUUUAAUCUCUUAUUUGUGUGCUAGACGCCGCUCUACCUCCCGCGGCUACAUGAGCUUCUAAGGGAAGGGAGGAAGAGCAACCAAUUAUUUGGGGCAGUUUAGGAAUGGAAUUGGAAGAGAAAGGAAUAAGAAUCAUUAGAGAGAAAAUUAAGAUUGAUUUUGAUAAUUGGAAGCUGUCUGUGAGUAAAAAACGAUCCGUAUUGUUUUGUACCUUUUGAUUUGUAGAAGUUAAAAUGGUUUGUUUUAUCUAGAAAUGAAAGAUCGAGGGAAAUAGAAAAUCAGCGAGCAUAAUAAUGGAUAAAUAAUAUCAAGAUCUGAAGCUGUUUAUGUGUUAUAUGUUUAUGUGUUACUUGUGGGCGUCUGCAGAUGCGACAGAUUUUUUCGAAGAGAACAGAACGUUAUAAUUUAAACUUGCAAUAGUAGCACACAUUUUACUCAAUAAAUCAAAAACCUUAAUUUAACAAGCGUGUCGUUCAAAACGGUGAAAUUCGGAGAGGAAACCUACUACCAUUCAGAAAUUCACGAUACCAAUGGCAAAUUUUCUAUUCAGUCUAAAUUUUAAAUUCUCGAACCUUAUAAUAUCAGAACACAAAAAUGUAUGUAUUAUUGGCCUUGAAAGCGUAAUAAAGAUAAUAUAACAUAAA